CAAAAUAAAUAAAUAAAAGUUGGGAGGAAAGGAGAAAAGCAAGAAUGCUCUUGAUACUGCGACCGCCCAUGUUUGCUGUUGGCCAAUUUUCGCUUCUCUUGUCCCACUGGCGUCAUCGUAUACUUUUUCUCCGUCCAACCUCGAGUUGACCAAAACAAUGUCCGACCCAACAUCAACAACUUCAUUUCUACCCCUCGAUGUUCUGUUCAACAACCCUCUCUUUGCCGGUGGCAUUGGCCUCGCAGGUCUAGGGGCCGCAGCGGCUCUUGCGCGACGAUCUGCCAUCAAGGGAGCCUCACUCAUAAAGCGCCGUCUCUUGGCUGAUGUCGAAAUCAGCAAACAAGAUGCUUCAUACCCGUGGAUCUUGGCAUGGCUUGCUCUGCCUCGUCCACCAGGAGGCUUUGUUACGUCUAAACUGACUCGGAUCCACCAGUUCUCCAUGAAGACGAUGGCUGGAGCAGUCCCGAAUAAACCUAAACACACACAGUUCUUCCUCCAACCUGGCUAUGGCAGACAUAUCAUCCGCCACAACAAUGCCUACAUUUCGGUCAAUCGCGAGAAGCAAAGCACGGCGAAUCACACAACGGGGGAACCGCACGAGAUUAUUACCCUGACAUCGUUGUAUGCACAGCGACAUAUAUUCGAGGAUAUCUUUGGAGAGGCACACCAAUUGGCGAUAUCUGCACAUGAAGGGAAGACAAUGAUGUUUGCCUCCCGAGGCAUGGAUUGGGAGCAGUUUGGUGACGCUCGAAAGAAGAGGCCUCUACAGUCUGUUAUCUUAGAUAAGGGAGUCAAGGAACGGAUUGUGGGUGAUGUGAAGGACUUCCUCCAACGGCAGAACUGGUACGUCGAUCGAGGUAUACCGUAUCGGCGGGGCUAUCUACUCUACGGUCCUCCAGGGAGCGGUAAAAGCUCUUUCAUCCAAGCACUGGCUGGAGAAUUGGACUUUGGAGUAUCAAUCAUCAACUUGAGCGAGAGAGGGAUUAAUGACGAUAAGCUGGCGUACCUUUUCACGAAAAUACCUGCGAGGACGAUUCUAUUGCUAGAAGAUGCAGAUGCAGCAUUUAUAAACCGACGGAAGCCCGAUGCGGAGGGAUAUUCAGGAGCUAAUGUCACAUUUUCUGGACUUCUGAACGCAUUAGAUGGUGUUGCGGCUGGAGAAGAACGAAUAGCAUUUUUAACGACGAAUCACAUCGACCGACUUGAUGAGGCCUUGAUCCGACCUGGUAGAGUGGAUGUCACUGUCAGAAUUGGAGAAACGACACGAUACCAAGCUGCAGAGAUGUGGAACAGGUUCUAUGGGGACAUUGACCACGAUGGAAAUGGAAGGAAGCGUUUCCUGGACAAGCUUGUGGAGCUUGAUCUUAUUCCAAACGAAUCUGGCGUUGUCAAGCCCAAGUUACAUACAAGUGCGGCGGCCAUCCAAGGACUGUUCUUGUUUAAUAAGGACAAUAUGGAGGGGGCCAUAGAGAUGGCUGAGGGAUUGAUACCAAGAAUAUACGAACCGGAACCACAAAAGGGCAUCAAGGUGUCCGCUUGAGCUUUGCAAGGACAUCCAUGGAACUGUACGAUACGAUACGCUGGUUAAGACUACAGCAAAGAUGGCUUGUAUAUAUGGGAUGGGAAUACCACUGUACAUUUAGACAUGUACACAUCUGAAUGCGACUUACUGUUCAUC